GCCAACAUGGGGACUACAGGACUCCAAUCGACAUUAUGGCUCAUCUACCUGGUGCUGCUGGUCGGCUCACUCACUCAGACCGUAACCAUCGUCCCAUCUCUAAACACUCUGAGCCUGAAUUCAGUUAAUGCAUCUCACAUUGGCCGAGUGUGCACUACUUGGGGACACUAUCACUGGAAGACCUUUGAUGGAAAUUUCUUCCAGCUGGGCUCCACCUGUAACCAUGUCCUAGCCUCGCAGUGUAAGGGUAGCUAUGAAAAUUUCAACAUCCAGAUGAGGCGAACGACAGUCAACAACAUCCCCACCAUCAGCAACAUCAUCAUGAAGCUGGAAGGUUCUGUGGUGGAGCUCUCCAGCAGCGCAGUGAUUGUCAAUGGCAAGAAGGUGUCUCUGCCAUUUGUCACAUUCGGGGUGACAAUCAAGGGGACGACGUCUAGUGUCUCUGUCGAAGCCAAGCUGGGAAUCAGCGCUAUCUGGAACAUGGAUGACUCCCUGGAUGUAUGAAGCGCACCCUCACACGCACACAUGUCUGCACACUGGUGUAUUUUCACCUGCUGUAAAGCCUGUUCCUGAACAGGCUCAUUAUGUAUGCAUAUGCGUACAAAGAAACAUGCUCAGUCUCAAGCUGUUUUACUUGUUUAAAGGAUCAGGUAGAUGUUAUCUUAUCACGAAAAGACCAAAACCAACAAUGAAUUUAUUUUUCUAACAAGUAUUAUCUGUGUUACCACAGUCUGAUAGAUAUUAUCCCUCCUUGCCACAGAACUACACUGUUGUCCAAAAGCUUUUAAAACCAUAUUCAAGAGCCACAUUGUUUCACUUUAGAGACAUAUUUGAUAAGUGUGAUGAAAACAGACAGUGUAGUUUGGUCCCCUCGGCUCAUUAAAAUAGUAACCACAGAUAGGCAGCCAGAUCAGCUGUGAGCAGCAGCCUACGCUUUUUAUACAUUUUCAGUUGAAGAGUCUGAAUAAAAGCAUGAUUGUCACUGAUAUCUACCACCCUUUAAAUAAAGAGGUGGAGUAGCUCCCUUUAGGGUGGAGGUAUCAACUCCUCAGGGCCUGGAGCAAUACUUUCAAACAUCCUGUGUAGCUUGAGCAAAUAAAUAAUAAAAUUCUGUCAAUAAAUGAGAACCUUCUGUAUUUACCAGAACUGUAGCACGCACACUGCCUGUCCUAUGGAGGAAAUAUGAGAGGCAUUUAAAUAUAUCGUGUUCCUGUGCAUCAAAAUUUUGCGCCUUCAGAAAUGAUGUUAAAAGACAUGUUGCAAGAGAAUUACUGUAGGAAUGACAACGGCGCUGUCCAAACCGUCCUUGGCCCAUCAGGCCUGCACUAAAGGAAAAAAAAAAAAACAAAAAACAAAUAAAAAAGGGACAAAUAUUGAUCAAGUCUCACUCAGUGAGUCACUGGGUGAGUUUGUGGGAUAUGUCCUGGAGAGAUAAGCAAAUAAUGUGAAUAAGCCAAGCCUGAAUACCACAAAGGCAAAUGGAGCUGCUUUAAGUAAACAUGUGGCUUAGUGAUUAAAGGAUUUACUGAUUAGAGCGAUAAGAGGUCUGAGAUUUCAAUACAAGAAAAAAUAUGUAAACAGAAUUAUUUUUACUGAGGUUGCAUGGGAACCAUUAAUCAUAGCUUAAUACCUCUUGAUAUUAUACUGGGAGGGAUGGAAUUAACAGUAGUUACACUUGACAUUAGAAAUAUUUUCUCUUUAUUUGCAGACUAAUUGACAGCUCAGGCACCAACUGACAAAUGGCUUCACUCUCCUAUGAUUGCCCAACACUGAGCCAAGAGUUUACCCAUCUCAGAGCUCACACACAGCACAUUGCACACUGAGGUUCCUCACGAGAUUUAUAACAAGUUUCUCAACCAUUUGUGGCACAUGAGCUUUUAUUUAGAUCAAAAAAUC